GCCGUGCGUUUUCGCAUGAAGUAUCGCGUAUAUAUAACAAGGGCCUCGAGGGGGCGUGGCCGGCAUGACGUGUACGUCGUCUGGCGUUCCACGCCCCGCCCACUACCCCUUUCCCUUUCACCGCCGCCCGAGCAGCAGCGUGUCAGCCAACCAGCCAUGCCGGCGCACAGCGUACCCGAUGCGGCUCUCCUCACAGGGCUGGUGCAGCGGUAUUUGCACCUGUUGAAGAAAUAUCCGAUCAUCACCAAGUCGGUGACGAGCGGUGUUCUGUCUGCACUGGGAAACCUCAUCUCUCAGGCUUUGGACGCCAAGAAGAAGCAUAAAGGUGGCCAGCCAGUGCACGAGUUCGAUGUCCACGGGCCCGUCCGCUUUGCAAUAUAUGGGCUUGCGGUCACGGGGCCAGUGAGCCACUACUUCUACCACCUGCUGGAGGUGCUGUUCCCGGCGGCGGCACCCUACACUACGCUGAAGAGGCUGCUGCUGGAGCGGCUCGUGUUCGCGCCUGCCUUCCUCUUCCUCUUCUUCAUCGUGAUGAAUGCUCUGGAGGGCAAGACCAUGCCAGACCUUCAGCACAAAGUGAAAACGAGGUACUGGACUGCUCUAAAGAUGAACUGGAAAGUCUGGACUCCCUUUCAGUUUGUCAAUGUGAACUACGUACCUGUACAGUUUCGGGUACUGUUUGCCAACAUGAUCGCCUUGUUCUGGUAUGCCUACCUCGCCUCUGUCAGGAAAUGAUGUACACUAAGGGUUGGGGUACACAGACCACUAAUGAAUCUACUUUGUGCCUUUCAAAGUCCACUAAAUCAGGUGUAUUUGAAUUGUCUCAUAGUGUACAUUUCUAAUAAGCAUUUUUAUAGUAUAAUCCAGGGACAUUUGCAGCACAUGUAUGUGUAGUGCUACUGGUUUAUUUUCAAAAGUGUUCCUUUAAUUUACUUUUUAUCAUUUUAAAUGAACAUUGCACUGAAACUUUUUUUUUUUUUUUGUACACUAAUGCCACGGAUGUUCAUUCUGCCUGUGCUGAAUGAGGUAUUGUACAGAAUUGUUAUUUCAUACAUGCAUUCUGUAGACUACUCUGAAGCAGUCAUAGUGUGCAAAUGUUUAAUGGAGUUGAAUGAAAUGUAUACUGAUUAAAGGAUACUAAAUCCAAAUUUUUGGAGUGUACAGGAAAAAAUAUGCUAGUUAUGAUGCAUUCUCUUCAGCCCUAUUCAUGGCCUUAAUAUUUUGUAUCGAGUACAUUAAAAUGGUGCUGACUAAAGUUGUGAGUAACUCCUCUCCUCAACCACCUGCUACCACAGUGGUUUCCUCUAUUAGUCUGGGGUGGCGGGCCCUCAGUUUUCUUUGAACCGAGUUCCAGUUUCACAUCGAUGGUGCUUUUCUGACCAGAUCUAUCCAAAAUGUUUGCCUCCUCUUGCGUCAACUGUAGGACGCACCCUGAGGAAAGUUGUACUAUAAGCCCGGAUACCAAAUUCCCUGUUUUCAUGGUCAACAUUAUCAAGAGUACACUGUGUGCACAAUUAGGCAGGAGAGUAUUUUGACCGUAUCAUUUUUAUGUAUAUUUUCCAACUCCAAGCUGUAUAAACCUGAAUGCUUAUUGGAUUUAAGCAUAUCAUGUGAUGUAUGUAUUUGUGUAAGGAAGGGGGGUGUGGCUUAAAGAGAUCAUCUCCGUAUAUCAAGUUGUGCAUAAUUAUUAGGCAGCUUCUUUUCCUUAGGUAAAAAUGGGCCAAAAAAGAGAUAUAACUGACUCUGAAAAGU